AUGAAUCUGGCCGCGGUGGCCAGUGCGGUACUGGACUCUGUCAUCGUUGUUGGCGAUUACAAUCUCCCACAACUGCAAUGGAUCUUUGAUCAUGACUUAAAUAGCUACCUGCCGACAAACGCCUCCACUGAAGCCGAAAUUUCUCUAACUGAAAUACUUUUUUCCGCUGGCUUGCAUCAAAUAUGCUCCAUACCAAACAACAAUAUGCGCCUGUUGGACCUUGCUUUCUGCAAUGAUCCUGGUAAUGUGAUCAUGUUCGAAUCUCCGGUCUCGAUUAUUCCUACCGACCGUCAUCACAAGCCGUACGUAUUAUGUGUGGAAGUUCACUCCAAUUCUUCGCCGACCGAUUGCACAGGAAGAUUUGACUUCGUCUUAGACUACAGUAAAUGUAACUUCGACCUGAUUGCUGCUGCGUUUGACUCCACAAACUGGGAAUUCAUCGGUGCUAACGACAACGUCAAUGUUGCAGUCGAUGCAUUCUACAGAAAACUCCACUCCGUUUUACGAUUACGGAACCAGCUUCGUAAGGCCCGCAAGUGUUAUACUAAGAAUCGCACCGAAGAUCAAAGACGCCGUUUGAGGUCUUUGGAACGAGAUUUUAAAGAACUGAACGACAAUCUUUAUCGUCAACACAUCAGCCGCUUUCAACAGAACCUGAAACGCGAUCCUUCGUCGUUUUGGAAACACUUUAAAAGCAAGAGAAGACAUGCAACUAUUCCUGUGGACAUCAGUUUUAAUGGCGUAGCUGCAAGUAACAUGACGGAAUCUACGAAUAUGUUUGCUGACUUUUUUCAAAGCGUUUUUAGUUCCGCCGACUAUGAAACAGAUAGCAACUAUCUAGCCUCUAUACAAUCUCACGACGUCAACUUACCUAUGCCAUCGCUCACUGAACAGGAAGUUUUCGAAAGAUUAUCGACAGUCGACCCAUCUAAAGGUACUGGACCAGACGAUAUACCUCACUCAGUACUAAAAAAUUGCGCUGCAUCUCUAGCUGCACCGAUUUGUCACCUGUUUAAUCGCUCACUCAGAGAAAGGACAUUUCCUAACGCCUGGCGUAUUGCGGCUAUCACUCCGAUUUACAAAUCAGGAAACGCACAUUGUGUAGAAAACUACAGACCGAUUUCGAUACUCUGUGCAAUUUCCAAAAUCUUCGAAGUUUUGAUGCAUGAACGUAUGUAUGCUGCCAUCAAACCCUUCAUCGCUGACUCGCAACAUGGUUUCGUUAAAAAAAAGGUCAACUGUCACCAACUUAAUGUGCUACGUGAGCUCGCUGAACAACAAUUUGGAAAAAGGAUGUAA